AUGGAACCAGACGUAAGCAUAGAAACCUCCUCAAUGAUCCGAAUAGCCAUCCUCCCAAUCGGCAAAAUCCCUCACCAAACCCUGCGUGACUAUUACUCCAUGUUCCUUCACCACCAUACGAUCCCACUCUCCUCAAUCUCUUCCUUCUACACUGAAGAACAGAAAUCACCAUUCACUAAUCAACCUUGGGAAACUGGUUCGCUCCGGUUCAAAUUCGUUCUCGGUGGUGCACCGCCUAGUCCUUGGGAAGAUUUUCAGUCAAAUCGUAAGAUCUUGGCUGUUAUUGGGGUUUGUCAUUGUCCGUUAUCGCCUGAUCUUGAUUCAGUUAUUGAAGAGUUCAAUGGAAUUUGUAAAGGUUACGCUUCUGCGCGUGUUACUCGCUGUUUCGGUUUUUUCCCUUGUGAUUCUCAGUUAGAGGAUGGGAGUAAAAAGGGGGAGAAUUUGAGAUUGUUUCCACCGGCAGAUCGUCAAACGCAGGAGAUGCAUUUGCAGACAAUGAUGCAAGAGAUUGCGGCUUCACUGUUGAUGGAAUUUGAGAAGUAUGUAUUUCAAGCGGAAUCUGCUGGAACUAUACUCAAGACGCCUUUGGACUCGCAAGCUAGUUUAAGCUCAGAGGAGGUGAUCAAGGCUAAAAAGCGAAGGCUUGGUCGUGCACAAAAGACCAUAGGGGAUUAUUGUUUAUUGGCAGGAUCACCUGUUGAUGCCAAUGCUCAUUAUUCUACUGCAUUGGAACUAGCCAGAUUGACUUCGGAUUACUUCUGGUAUGCUGGGGCUUUGGAGGGUAGCGUUUGUGCCUUACUGAUAGAUAGGAUAGGCCAAAAAGAUCCAGCUCUAGAGGAAGAAGUUCGGUAUCGGUACAGCAGUGUUAUAUUGCAUUACAAGAAGUCAUUUAUACAAGAGAAUGCUCAGAGGGUUUCACCUUUAAGCUUUGAACUUGAAGCUAAUUUGAAAUUGGCAAGAUAUCUUUGCAGAAGAGAGCUGGCUAAGGAUGUAGUAGAAUUGUUGACAAGUGCUGCAGAUGGUGCAAAAUCUUUGAUUGAUGCCACUGAUAGACUCGUAUUAUUUGUUGAAAUAGCUCGUUUAUUUGGAAGUCUUGGUUACCAGAGGAAAGCUGCCUUUUUUUCUAGGCAGGUUGCUUGCCUGUAUCUGCAACAAGACAACAGAUUGGCUGCUAUUAGUGCUUUGCAAGUUUUGGCAAUGACCACCAAAGCAUAUUGUGUUCAGAGCAGAGCAUCCUUCUCAGAUAAUUCUCAUAUCAAUGAGGUUGGAUCAAGUCAUGCUGAUAGUGGGAAAAUUCAUCACCAGUCUGUAGUUUCUUUAUUUGAAUCUCAAUGGAGCACACUUCAAAUGGUUGUGCUGCGGGAGAUACUGCUAUCUGCUGUUCGUGCAGGAGAUCCUCUUGCUGCAUGGAGUGCUGCUGCUCGGCUUCUAAGAUCAUAUUACCCUCUAAUCACACCUGCUGGACAAAAUGGCCUUGCUCGUGCACUUGAUAAUUCAUCUGAGAGGUUGCCUUCUGGGACUCGAUGCGGUGAUCCUGCCUUACCUUUUGUAAGGUUGUAUUCUUUCCCUCUACAUCCCUCUCAAAUGGACAUUGUAAAACGCAAUCCAGCAAGAGAAGAUUGGUGGGCUGGAUCUGCUCCUUCAGGGCCUUUUAUAUACACACCAUUCAGCAAAGGAGAACCAAAUGAUAACGGCAAGCAGGAGCUGAUUUGGAUUGUGGGAGAACCUGUCCAGAUUUUAGUGGAGUUGGCAAACCCAUGCGGCUUUAAUUUAAGGGUUGAUAGUAUAUACUUAUCAGUGCAUUCAGGAAAUUUUGAUCCUUUUCCCAUCAGUGUAGAUCUCCCUCCUAAUUCGUCGAAGGUGAUCCCCUUAUCUGGAAUUCCAACUUCAGCGGGGCCAGUGACAAUUCCAGGGUGCACUGUUCAUUGUUUUGGUGUUAUUACUGAACAUCUUUUCAGGGAUGUUGAUAAUCUGCUCCUUGGUGCAGCACAAGGACUUGUGCUUUCUGACCCGUUCAGAUGUUGUGGUUCUCCAAAGUUGAAAAAUGUGUUUGUCCCAAAUAUUUCUGUUGUACCACCACUGCCUUUACUAGUUUCACAUGUUGUAGGGGGUGAUGGUGCCAUAGUUUUAUAUGAAGGCGAGAUACGUGAAAUCUAUAUUAGUCUGGCUAAUGCAGGCACUGUUCCAGUUGAACAGGCACAUAUUUCACUCUCAGGAAAAAACCAAGAUUCUGUUCUCUCAAUACCAUAUGAAACCUUAAAAUCUGUUCUUCCUUUAAAACCCGGUGCCGAGGUGACCAUACCUGUGACCUUGAAAGCCUGGAAGCUCGGUUUAUUGGACCUUGAUAAUGCUUCUGGUAAGCAUGCUUCUGGAAGCAUGGCAAGGCAGUUAAAGGACAGUAGUAGCCCCUCGCUGCUGAUUCAUUAUGCAGGGCCAUUAACAGAUUGUGAAGAUCCACCAAAAGGAUCUGUUUUGACUCCUGGUAGACGCCUGGUUGUUCCCUUGAACAUAUGCGUGUUGCAAGGUUUGUCUUUUGUAAAGGCUCGUUUGCUGUCUAUGGAAAUUCCUGCCCAUGUUGGUGAAAAUCUUCCAAAACCAGUUCAUGUAGAGAAUAGUGCUAGUAAAGAAGCUAUUGGUUCUGAAACAAAGAUGGAUGGAUUGGUAAAGAUUGAUCCUUUCAGGGGAAGUUGGGGACUGCGAUUUCUGGAACUAGAAUUGUCUAAUCCUACCGAUGUUGUGUUUGAAAUCAGUGUCUCUGUCCAGCUGGAUAGUACUGAGGACAAGCUUUCUGUUGGUCAAGAUGCUACUGAAUAUGGUUAUCCAAAAUCAAGAAUCGAUAGGGAUUUCUCUGCCAGGGUAUUAAUACCCCUGGAGCAUUUUAAAUUACCUAUCCUUGAUGGUUCUUUUUUCAUGAAGGAUUUUAAGCCUGAUGGGGCUGCUGGCAGCAGAAAUUCAAGCUUCUCUGAAAAGAGUAUCAAGGCUGAACUAAAAGCUUCCAUUAAUAACCUGAUAUCCAGAAUAAAGGUCCGGUGGCAAUCAGGCCGGAACAGCUCUGGAGAAUUAAAUAUCAAGGAUGCCAUACAGGCAGCACUUAAGACGUCUGUUAUGGAUGUACUGCUACCAGAUCCAUUGACAUUUGGCUUCAGGCUUGUUAGAAAUGAUCUAUCGCAAGAAUCCAAUGACUCUAGGCCUAAAGGUUCUGUUUUGGCACAUGACAUGACUCCUAUGGAAGUCCUGGUUCGCAAUAACACCAAGGAAGUUAUCAAGAUUAGUCUUAGUAUUACAUGCAGGGAUGUGGCUGGAGAGAAUUGCGUUGAGGGUACCAAGGCAACCGUCUUGUGGUCUGGUGUUCUGAAUGGAAUAACCAUAGAGGCUCCUCCCCUUCAAGAAUCUAAGCAUUCCUUCUCUUUGUAUUUCCUUGUACCUGGGGAGUACACACUAAUGGCUGCUGCUGUUAUAGAAGAUGCGAAUGACGUCCUCAGAGCUCGUGCAAAAACCAAUUCACCUGAUGAGCCAAUAUUCUGUCGUGGUCCCCCAUUCCACGUCCGUGUCAUUGGGACGGCAUGA